AUGGAGGACGACGUCCCGCCGACCGAUCAGGCCAGCAAGCCCAGGCGUUUGCGCCAGAAGGAUCUUGAGGAGCUCCGCGACAAGCACCAGAUUGGCGAGGACAAGAUGAUCCCCAUCUGGCAGCGAGCUGACCACAAGGCCCCGCUUACCCCUUUCGUGGAAGCCUUCUCUCGCGCUGCCCUGGCCAUCUUCAGCCCCGUCUGGAAGAAGAAGCUCGAGGCCAACCCCGAGUACCUCGUGAUCGACGGAAAGCACCUGGAUGUGUACAUGCUCAUUCUUGACUGGAUCAAGCUCUGCAUCGACGAGGGAAAUGAUGUCAAGUUCCCUGACAUUGAGGAGUUUGAGGCCGAUCCCGAGCAGCGCGAGGACGAGCGCCCCCACCAGCUGCAUGUCCUGCUCGAGGUCAUCGCCGUGGCGAACCUCUUGAAGAUCCCCGAGGGCUCGCUCCAGAACGGCCUGAAGAAGCGCGCCCCAGGAUACGCCCGCAGGCACCUGAUCGACCUCGGAUUCGUCGAGCGCCUCUACGCCGGCGAGGCCAACGGCGAGCUCGCCGCCGACCUGCGCGAGGCCGCCGCCAUCUCCAUCUUCGAGGCGUGGUGGACCUACAAGCUCGAGGGGCCCGAGUACGACCAGUACAUGUCCUUCCUCGAGCAGAUGCGCGUCGAGUACCCGCAGCUCGAUAAGGACAUUCACGAGCAGUUCAACAAGAAGAAGGAGUACAUCGAGGGCAAGCGCGAGGAGAAGCGGCGCGCCCGCGCCGCCGAGGCUGCUGGCCUCACCGGCGGCCUCGACUCCGCGACUGGUGCUGCUGACGUCGGCGGCGGCUGGGACACUGCGGCUGUGGAGGUGACGGGCGGCGUUGGUGACGCUGGCGACGGAUGGAGCCAGGCUGCUGCGCUGGUCACCACCGAGGGCCCGGCUCCUUGGGAGACCACCUCUGAGGAGGCCCCUGCUUGGGCCGCUUCCUCUGGCAACAGCAUGUGGUAG